CAGUGUUCAUAUUUAAUCUCUUGUUCAUUCCGAUUUUUGAGUUGAUGUAAUCCUCUUAAAAAUGUGCUCAUUUUGGAUAUAAUAUAAAAUUACACAAAGAUAAAUUAAUUUUUCUAAAUUUUCGAUUGUUUUUAGUUAAAGACAUAAUAAAAGUCAACUGAAUUUGAUUUUUCUGAGUGAUCUAUUAUUUUACGACUGGAAGAGCCGAUCGGAUUUUUGACUUUUUUUAUUUUAUAGUAAAAGAAGAGCGCGGUACUACCAAUGAGUACUUCACGAAUUUGCUACAGAGCUGGACGCUUUAUUUUCGGAAACUCAAGAAAUUUAGAUGGAAGAAUAAGCUUUUUCUUGACACCUGGUGGAAGAAAAACAUUAACUACAGCCACAGAAGAAAAAACUACAUCAGAAAACACACCUAAAACUGACGCUUCCGAUUCAGGUCCCAAUAUUGAGGAACUCUCCAAGCAGAUACAGAGUUUGACUGAAGAAAAAACAUCACUUGAGGACAAGUACAAAAGGGCUUUGGCAGAAGCAGAGAAUGUACGGAGGAUAAAAACUGCUGAAGUUGAAAAAGCCAAAAACUUUGCAAUUCAAGGUUUUUGCAAGGAUUUAAUUGAGGUUGCAGAUACUCUCAACAAAGCUACGGAGUGUGUUCCACAAGAAGAAAUUUCAGAAAACAGAAAUCCUCAUUUAAAGAAUCUAUAUGAUGGGCUAGUAUUGACAGAAAAUAUCUUGCAAAAGGUUUUCAAAAAACAUGGUCUAGCACAAUGUAAUCCAAUUGAUGAAACGUUCGAUCCUAAUUUCCACGAGGCUCUCUUUCAACAGGAAGUGGAGGGGAGACCUCCGAAUGUUGUGGUUGUCGUCUCGAAGAUUGGCUAUACACUGAAUGGACGUUGCAUCAGACCAGCUCUAGUCGCCGUAUCCAAGCAGAAAAGCACAUAGUUGAACUGAAAUUAAUUACAUUCUCAUGUAUUUAUAUUAUAUUUACUAAUUGCCGGUACUUGUAAAAUAAAGGUAGUUAAUCAUUCCUUUGUUACAAAAA